AUGGUACCUAAACCAAUACCUAGGGUCGUUCUGGUUAUUGGUAUUUGCUCUCUGAUCUGGUGGACCUUCCAACCACUUCGCGGCACUCAUGAAGUGAUUACCGAACCGCUACAAUCACUGGACUUACUGAAACCGACUUCCGGUUAUCAUACAGAUACCAAUGCCUCUAGAGCAGCUCAUGAUGUCUGCACCAUCCAUGGCUACUCAGCCUUUGUGCCCAAUAGUCCCCCAAGCCAGCGCAAAGUCUACGAUAUGCUCAUGAUAAACGACGAGCUGGACUUUCUUGAAAUACGCCUCAACGCAUUAUACGAUUAUGCCGACUACUUCAUCAUCGUAGAGUCAGCCAAAACAUUCCAAGGCAAUACCAAACCCCUUAUCCUCAAAGGGAAUUGGGAACGAUUCCGUCGAUAUCACGACAAGAUCAUCUACCAUGAGUUGGUAUAUCCAUCCACGUUUGACCCCCAUCGAGCCUGGGACUACGAAGACUUGCAACGAGACGCCCCUUUCGAGCAAGUCAUGCUUAGUCUCGACGGACCAAGAGCACCAAACAGAGGAGAUGUCCUCAUCGUAGCAGACGUCGAUGAGAUCCCCCGUCCACAAUCCCUCCUCGUGCUCCGAUACUGCAACUUCCCUCGCCGCCUAACACUGUCUUCCAAAUUCUACUACUACUCAUUCCAAUUUCUCCACAACGGUCCAGAGUGGCAACAUCCCCAAGCGACCUACUACCAAGGACGUCGAACCCUCAAACCCACCAAUCUUCGUAAUGGAGAUGGAGGCUUCCGUCCAUUUCGCUUCCUAGAGAGGGGCGUGCUAAGUAACGCGGGAUGGCAUUGCAGCAGCUGUUUUCCGACGAUAGACCAAUUUCUGAACAAGAUGGCGAGCUUUUCUCAUCGGUGGAUGAAUCGUGAAGAGUAUAGGGAUAAAGAUAAGAUCGCUGCUGCAGUAAGAGAUGGGAAAGAUCUCUGGGGGAGGGAACAGGAUCAAUUUGUUAGAAUUGAGGGUAAUAAGGAUAUGCCGCCACUGGUGCUCGAUGAGCCAAAGAGGUUCGGUUAUAUGAUCAGUCGGGAUGGGCCGUCCGCAGGAUUUGUAGACUACAAUGGGGAAGAAAAGAGACAGUAG